AUGCAAUUACAGCGACGUCAUAAUGGCUGGUCUUGGCCUCCAUCAUUUUUCCAGCUGCUUUUUUGGAUAAUAAUACCCGUAUUAGCUUCAAGUACAGCAUUUUUGCUCAUACCUUUGCACAUAUUAUAUGCACCUCUUACCGUAUUCACUGCGGCAAUAUGGCUUAUACUGCAAAUUAUCGUAUUGACGUGUAUUGACCCAGCAGUAAGCAAUUUGAGGAAAGGCCAAGCACCAGCAUAUUUCGAUGCAACUAAGCAUGAGCAUGUUAUUGAAAAUCUCUUCUGCAAUAUUUGUCUAAUUAAUGUCGAUCCAAAUUGUAAACAUUGUCGCCAAUGUAACAAAUGCAUUUCCGGGUUCGAUCAUCACUGCAAAUGGCUUAAUAAUUGCAUUGGUUCAGCAAAUUAUAGAUUAUUUUUAUUAUUAGUAUUAUCGGUAUGCUUUAUAUCAGUUCUCAUAUCGAUUUGUUUGAUUGUACUUGCAGUGAUAUCAUUUAUCAAUUUCAGAUUACUUCCAGAUUCAGAUAAGUUGCCAAUAAAAUUAAUGUUAUGGCGAGGUCUAUGCAUUGGCGCUAGUGUCCCAUACUCAAUUGCCGCAGUUCUGUGCGCACAUUUACUCUAUUUUCAUUACAAAUUAUGGCGGCGUGGCAUGACAACAUAUUAUUUUAUACGGAAUAAUAAAAAAUGCAAGAACAAUCAGCAACAACAGCAACAGCAGCAACAAGAGAAUCAGAAGCAGAAAAAGAAUCAUUCAGUAAAUGCUGGUUUAACACCUAUCGAGAAAACGUGUUCGAAAUUAAGCAUUAUUAAGUCGAGAUCUAUCCAUGACUCUAACAUUACUAAUCCAUAUGUUUUUUUCCCAAUUCAAGAAAGUUACGAGAAGUUGAUAUAUACAAUGCUUAUCUUAAAGGGUUGCGUAUUUCUGUUAUUUUUGAUUGUAAGCGCUCAACGAAGUCAAUUUGACGCGAACUGUCCACGAUUGUGUCACUGUAAUAAGACUACAGUGGAAUGUCAUCGUACAAAAAUCCAAGGUAGUGAAAUAUUCCUGAAUAUACGUCCGGAAGCAUAUCCAGACUUGGAUACAAUCAUUGUUACUGGUAAUAGUAUUGGAGAUCUAGCUGGAUGGAAUAUUUUCGGUGUUAAUGUUACUCAUCGCCAUGUUUCCUUAGUUAAUUUAUCUAAUAAUGCUAUUAAUGCCAUCGAUUCAUAUACUUUUCGUGGUUUGCCAGCGGUUGAGUAUUUCUAUUUACAUAAUAAUGCAAUCGAACGAAUUGGUGCUGAUCCAUUCCGAUGGAAUGUACGUUUGCGAGUGCUGGAUAUAUCGAAUUUUUUCUCGUCAUCGAUAUUAGUUACUGAACGACCACGCUUGCUGGCAAAUACAUUUGCUGAUUCCGUAAAUGAAUUUAACGAUUUACAGGAACUAAUUGUACGUGACAAUGCUCUCACGGAAAUAUUACCUGACACAUUCUGCAAGUUGAAUGGCCUGAUUCGAUUACAUCUAUCCGAUAAUAAGAUGAAAAAAUUCAACUUUAAAUCAGAUUGCUUACAAAACCUUGUCGUGUUAGAUCUCUCAGGAAACGAAAUAUCAACAUUAUCCAUUCAUCUGUGGGAAGUUCUUCCCAGUCUGACAACGGUCGAUAUUUCGUCAAACCCUCUAAACUGCAAUUGCGAUAUAUUGCCAGCAAUUAAAGAACUAUCAAGGAGUCCGACAUCUUCCAUCAAUCAGGGUUAUGCGAUUUGUGCUGCACCAGAAUCACGUAAAGGUCAAAACAUCUUCCAAAUUUCAGAUUUUACAUGUAAAAAUAAUCAUCGAUUUAUAUAUUGGAUUUUAUUUGUUUUGCUACUCUUUGCAGCUAUGAUUUUUUGUCGCAUUUAUCGUAAUCGUAUGAAAUUGAAGCAUUUACCGCUUGUUGCCGGUUACAGUAAGCUUGGAGAAGAGAAUGAACAAUUUGCUAGUAGUCCACAAUUUGUGUAA